AUGGCUGGCCCCGGGGCUGCUGUGUCCGUCAAUCCCACACUGGACCGGCUUGAAGUGAAUAUACUGGUCACAUCCAUAUCACCUACAGAGGCCCUGGGACCUGAGCCCGGCCCGCAGGAGCAGCUGGUCUUUGGCAGCGGGGACACCGUGGAGCUGAGCUGCCACUUGCCUGCAGGUGGCCCCACAGGGCCCAGCGUUUGGGUCAAGGACGGUGUGGGGCUGGCGCCCUCAGACCGCAUCCUGGUGGGGCCUCAGCGGCUGCAGGUGCUGAACGCCUCCCACGAGGACGCGGGGGCCUACAGCUGCCGGCAGCGGCUUACCCAGCGCGUGCUAUGCGACUUCAGCGUGCGCGUGACAGAUGCCCCGUCCUCCGGGGAUGACGAAGACGGAGAGGAUGAGGCUGAGGACACAGCCGGGGCCCCUUACUGGACGCGGCCCGAGCGGAUGGACAAGAAGCUGCUGGCUGUGCCGGCCGCCAACACCGUCCGCUUCCGCUGCCCGGCCGCCGGCAACCCCACUCCGUCCAUCUCCUGGCUGAAGAACGGCAAGGAGUUCCGGGGGGAGCACCGCAUCGGGGGCAUCAAGCUGCGACACCAGCAGUGGAGCCUGGUCAUGGAGAGCGUGGUCCCGUCGGACCGCGGCAACUACACGUGCGUUGUCGAGAACAAGUUCGGCAGUAUCCGACAGACCUACACCCUGGACGUCCUGGAGCGCUCUCCGCACCGGCCCAUCCUGCAGGCGGGGCUGCCAGCCAACCAGACGGCGGUGCUGGGCAGCGACGUUGAGUUCCACUGCAAGGUAUACAGCGACGCCCAGCCCCACAUCCAGUGGCUGAAGCAUGUGGAAGUGAACGGCAGCAAAGUGGGGCCCGACGGCACCCCCUACGUCACCGUGCUCAAGGUGGGUACCGCCACCGGCCGAGCCUGGGCCCUUGGGCCUGGCCCUGCUGGCCCCCCGCGGCCGGGGACUGGGUUACGGGGUCUGCGGGUGGGGCCCAGGCAUCGGAUCGUCGGGGAAGGAGCGGCGGAGGGCUCGGCCCGGCACUGGCGGGAUAAAGGAGGUCAAGGGCAGCUAGAUAACGCCCAUCGAUCGAGUGGUCCUGGAUCAGAAACUCCGCAGCCGCUCACGCUCUGGGGUCGGGACCACCAGAGCUGA